AUGAAUUCCUUAGAUGAGGCAAUUGAUAAUUUGGACAAGAUUUUAGCUCAUAUUCUUAUAGAGUAGGACUUGAGAUUAAAAGGCAUUUAAAUAGGACAUGGCUGGAAAUAGCUCACCGUUAUUAAAGAGGCAAUCACCAAAUUGAGUUUUUUGGAUAGAAGACAAUAUAAGAAAAAACUAGUGGAGUUGGAAAAUCGUUUGCUUACAUAUGAGGAUAAUUAUAUUUCAGAAGUGGAAUUGAAAUUAGCUUUAGAGGAUGUUUAGAAGGUAAAUGAAUUGUUAAAUAACUAUAAAACUUAAUUGAUUAUAGAUAAGAGAAAAGAGAUUGAAGAAAAAUUAAUUAUCCUUAGGAAUGAACUCUAGAGAAUUUAUGAGAAGAAUAAAAAUAAAAAUGAUAAAAAAUGGAUUGAAAUGAAUAGUCAAAUAUCUGGGAUUAUGGGAUUGAUUUAAAAUGUUUUAAAUUCUAAGGAUAAUGCUCAAUUUACUGAUUAAAGAGAAUAAAUGAAUUAGGUAUUAAAGACAAUAUAUGUACAAAAAAGAAUAAAGGAUGAAGAAGAGGAGGAAUUGCUCAAAAUAGCAGAAGAAAUGGAACAACUUAAAAAUCUAUAAAGAGAAUUAGAUUAACAACUAUAGAAAGAUAAUGAAAAUAUAAGUGAAAUAGAUAAAUAAUAAGGAACUCUGCAAAAUAAUCAAUAGCACAAUGCUUAAUAAUAUAACUAAGCUUUUAAUUAUGUUUAAAUGAGAAGAAGAACUAAGGUUAAAUUAUUCUUUUAAGGUUUAUUUACAGCUGUAGGAUGUUUGGGAGGUAAAAUUGGAGCAGCCUUUGGUUUUGCUCUUGGAACGAUUACAGGGAAAAAAGCAAGCGAAGCUGUUACAAAAUCAUCAAUUAAUUGA